AUGUCGUGCUGGCUCCGUGUUCGAGGACGAAGAGCAACCGCAGGCUGCGACGACGAGGCCGGCGUGGGACUAGGCGAGUCCGACUCGGAGGAGGCCGAGACAGAGCCUGUCGGCGAACUGGAGACCGAAGCAGGGCUGGUCGGGGCAGGUGACAGCACUGCCGGGCCAGUCAAGGCGGCGGCCGGCGAGCCCAGCACCAGUCCAGGUGAGGCGGCGGCCGGCGAGCCUAGCAGCGACCCAGGCGAGAUAGAGGCCCGCGAGCCGGGUGAGGCCAAAGCCGGCCCAGGCGAGCCAGGCGAGGCGGGUGCACGUGCGUCGGGCGAGACCAGCGCUGGCCCAGUCGAGACGGCGACCCGCGAGCCAGGCACGGGCGCAUGUGUGUCGGGCGAGCCGGGCACCCGCGAGGCAGCCUCCACAGAUGAGGCGGUAGCGGGUUGA